UCCCUCUGUGCCGGCCUUUAUCACAAAAACUACUCACCAUUAAUGGGAGAGAAUGUGGAGAGAGAAAGCGAAGGAGCAUUGAGAUCGAGACUGACGUUGGGAUUUUGGGUUUUGGAUUUCUGAUCUUUGGAAGCUUGAAUUAGGUGUGUAAAGAUGGGACAGUGACCGAGUUUGACACUUUGACUGGUUCGCAGAUCAACGGCCCCAAAAAAGUUUCUUUCACCUUUUUCAAUCGGCCUCUCUCAGAAUCUCAGGGUGGGAAUUGGAGGGGGAAUAUGGGAGAUGGCAUUGGAACUCUUUGUUAAAUCUACAGGUUUCACAUGGUAAAAGGUCAAGGUUUGAAGGUUAGAAUUGAGAGGUUACUGAUUAUUUCUCAAGAGUUGUAUGGGUUGACUGGUUUUCCGAUUCAUGAUCAUCCUAAAUAUAAGAAGCAAAGCUUGUGCACUGAUUUGUCAAAGGAGAUUCCCUGUGGCAAGUCUUAUUUGAUUGAGCUGAAGUGAUUGAUAACAUGGGGGUCUCAGGGAAAUGGAUUAAAGCAUUGGUUGGUUUAAAGAAAUCAGAAAAGUCGCAGUCUUCAGAGAAGGAUGAAAAUAGAACAGCAGCAGGUAGCAAGUUUUGGCACAGGAGAAAGCAUUCUGUUGAGAUUAAUACUGAUUUACUUCAAGUUGAGUUAGAUCAGAAUGCUGCUCCACCAGUGGAAGAUACUGAUCUCAAUUCAGUCCCAGAUCCUGCUGGUUCCCCUUCUGGUUCAAAUCAAGCACAAGAUGCAGUUCAAGUUCAGCAAAAUGUGAGGGAAGAGUGGGCUGCAACAUACAUCCAAACAGCUUUUCGAGGAUUUUUGGCUAGAAGAGCUCUACGCGCUUUGAAAGGGUUGGUAAGACUUCAAGCCCUCGUUAGGGGCCAUGCUGUGCGAAAGCAAGCUGCAAUAACUCUACGCUGCAUGCAAGCUUUAGUGAGAGUUCAAGCUCGUGUCCGUGCAAGACGUGUUCGCUUGGCAUUGGAAAGUCAAACAGCACAACAAAAACUUCAACUGCAACUAGCAAAUGAGGCUCGUGUUCGAGAAAUUGAGGAAGGGUGGUGCGAUAGUGUAGGAUCUGUUGAAGAUAUUCAAGCCAAAUUGCUAAAAAGGCAGGAGGCAGCAGCUAAGCGAGAGAGAGCCAUGGCCUAUGCUCUGGCUCAUCAGGCCUGUGUAAGAUCAUUUCUGUUCCUGCAGUGGCAGGCGGGAUCAAGGCAGCAGGCUGCUCCCUCUGAGUUUGAACCAGAUAAAAGCAACUGGGGUUGGAACUGGUUGGAAAGAUGGAUGGCUGUUCGUCCAUGGGAGAAUCGGUUUCUUGACAUAAAUCUGAGAGAUGGAGUGAUGAUUCGUGAGAAUGGUUCAACUGAGGGAAAGAAUGGCUCCAAGACCCAGUCAAAAUCUGCUGGAAAGAAACCCAUUUCUUUAAAUCUCUCAAAUCAGAAAAUGGGUCCAUCUAAUUCUGAUGGGGGUAGUUCUUCUCCCACUAAAUCAGCAAUGUUUCAAGAGGCAUCCAGCACGGUUUCAGCCAAGCCAAAGUCUAAGCCAAUUCUUGAAGAUCUGGCUGAAGAAGCCAACUCUAGACCUGGUGUUGGGUCUAGAUCCCACAGCAAUCCAAAAGAGAGAUCCACACUACAAGAUAAACAGGCAAAGAAGCGGUUGUCUCUGCCCAACAGCGGGAUAGGUUCUGGGGCUCAAGCAACCAGGCAGCAAAGUAGAAGUGUGUUAAAAAAAGCAGCAAGUGCACAGAAGCCGAUAAAGGAUAAUUCCAAGGUGAACAUAAAGGGGGACUUGGAGACUACAAAAUCUACAUCGGUCAGUGAUCUCUAGUUUUAUGUUUCUCUGGGUGGUUACUGCAUCAGGUUGUACAUAUAGAGAGAGAGAGGGAGGGAGGGGCCGAUGCAGCACCAUUUUGUCUUUUCUUGUCAUAGAACAUGUUGAAAGGAGAUAGUAACCAUACUGCUGCUUUAGUUGCUAUCAUAAUAUUCGUAAGGUGGGUUGGGUUGGGUUGUCUAGGAAAUAAGAUUUGGGUCUGUUGUAAUCAUUUAAUUAUUGGCAUCUCAGGUGUAUGUGAUUUUAUGGGUGUUUAUUUUUGGAGUGGAAUUGGAUGAUUUUUCA